AUGUCUCUUUACCUCCUGUGUCUCCCAUUUUCUCUGAAUUUAAUUUACUAUUUCACUGUUCUCAGUGAUUUUUCUUUUCCUUUUCUCUCACUCACGCAUCGAUCCUUGUCUAAUUCUUGCUGGUCGAUUACCAUCCUCCCCUUUUUCUCUAACCUUCUUUCAAUCCACAUUUUCCAUUAUUUUCUCAAUCUCUUUUCGAUAUAUUUUUUCCUUCAUUUCCAUUUUCUUUCUUCCUUCUCUUCCUCUUUCAACCACUCACUUCCACCCACUCUCACUUUUUCUACGUCCUUUUCAUUUCUUCAAAAUCAACCUCCUUAUCGUUCUCCGCUUUCCCUCUUUUUUCUAUCGCAUUUAACCUUCUCUCUUUCAUUCUACAUCUUUCCCAUCCCGAUUAUUUUUUAUAUCUCCUUCCAUUCUGUUGAAUUCUUUUCAUUUAUUUUUUGUCUCUUCUGCCUUUCGUUUUUACUACUUCUUUUUCUUUUUUUUGUUUUCGUCUCCGAUAAUUCCCUUCCAUUCUCUGCUGUUUGUAUCCCCCACUCAUUUCAACCUUGUCGUUUGCCAACUCUUUUCUCCCGCUCUACGCUCCGCCAUCUUGAAAUGUUUUCUUUUCGCCCAACCUUCACUCGUUAG